AUUAGCGGUAUUUUCUAAUUAAUAACCAAUUUAUUCAUAACUAUAAAGUAAUUAGUAAAAAUUUUCAUAAAAUUAAAAAUGAUAAUUUUUAUUUAUAAAAAAAAAAGUUUUAAAUAAAAUUACAUGAAAAUAUUAAUUUUUUAAAAAAAUUGUUAUACCUUAUUUUAAUAUUUGAAAUGCGCUUGCGCAUUAAAGGGACACUGCAGUCGAGUUUUAUUGAUUCAGAAUGCUCGCGUGCCAAAUUUUUCACGUUGCUAAAGUAUCACAAAAGUGCAGUGUGUGAAUGCGACUAGAAAAAUAUGACAGUUGAGACAGAUUCUUCUCAUAAUAGUCUUCAACGCAUAAAACAUAUCACUUAUUAAAUAACAUUUUUCUUUUAAUUGCAUAUGAAAAAUCUUCUAAAAUAUUCAACAUCAUUGAGGAUUGAAUUAUCUGUGACAUGUAAAUUGUUAUUGACGAAAGGACAUUUAACAGGUGAAAACAUAAGAUAAUGUAUGUGAAUAUACACUAAACUUUAAUAAAAGUCCGGUUACAGAGGUAACUGUAUUGAUAAAUUAUGCCAUUACAUCGCAACGUCUAAUUAUUGCAUCAAAAGUAUAUUUAAAUGAUUUUUAUAAUUCAAAUACGAAUAGCACACAUGGGUCACGACAGAAGUCUUGACUCUUAUUGACGUUAUGUAUGAAAAUAUGUUAAAUUGAAAUGCAAAAAGUAAAAAAGCCUAGUCUACAUUGAUGUGUGAAAAAUAGAAUUAAACUAAGAUACGCUGUAUUCAAAAUGGCUGGAGAUUAUAUAAUAUCAGUGGCAAUAGUUCUCGCAGUUGCCAACGUCUGUCGUGGAGAAUGUCAGACUCGUUCAAUAUACUGCUACGAAUGUGAUUCAUGGACUGAUCUUCGGUGCAAGGAUCCAUUUAAUUAUACGGCGCUUCCUAGAGAUCAACCACCAUUAAUGACUUGUAAUGGAUGUUGCGUUAAGAUGGUUCGUAACGCAAAAUCACCAUAUGAAAGUGUUCGUCGAACUUGCACGUCACAGCUGCAAAUAAAUUUAUUUAUGGUGGACCAUGUGUGCAUGAUGGAAAGUACCGGCACUGGUCACAUGUGCUUCUGUGAGGAAGAUAUGUGCAAUCGUGUGCCUCCGUCCUUGUCCUUAAAUUCUGUUUUCCCGAUAAUCCUGUCAUCCUUUUUGACAAUAACUUCCGCUCUAAAUUGCCCAGCUUGCUUUGUAGGUCGCUGUGAUUAGAAAAUUUUUACUAUUAAUUCUCUUUUUUGUAGAAUCCCCUUAUAUAGAAAUAUAUAUAUAUAUACAAGAGGCGUGUAAGCGAGAUGAAUGUCGCAUGUGAUAACUAAUACUAAUUAUUUAAAUAACAUUUAGUUUCAAUAGUCUUACUAGAAAACAAACUUUUUAAAAAAACUACAUCAAAUGUUGCCUAAUUUGAAUCGUAUAUUAUAAAGUGUAUUUUUAUUUAUAUUUUGACUUAAUUUUAAAUUUUCACUUUAAUAAACUAUACAAAUCAGGAUACAUUUCAUGUACAUCAAAUCAGUAAUAUGCAAUAUUCCAUUUUUGUUUUUUAUUUGUCAAUAUUUCAAUUUUUAUAUCUUUUUGUAUAUCCUGUCUUCAUUUUUCAUUUUCUAGAAAAAAAUAUUUUCUCUAAAUAAUUAAUGCUAAUAUAAAAAUAAAUUCUUAUUAUUCUAAUAAGCGAUAUCAUCUCGAACUCGCUCUUUUUAUAAGUUGAUUAUGCAAUUAAUAAUUAAUCUCUUCUAACUUGUAUUCAAAUUUAAAUAAGCAGAAUAAUUUCAAUUUUUCUUUAGAAAAACAAAUCAAAAUUUAAACAAUGAGACUAUAUUUGUAUAGAAAAUUGCUACUUUAGUUUAAUGGCUAUAAAUAUUUUGAGUGAAAAAGACUAUGAAAAAAGUUCAUUUUUCUCAAAAGCAUUUUUUUUAUACAUAAAAAGUUAAUUUAUUUUAAUCACUUAUA